GGCAAAAACGACACCAUAUCGCAUCUCACCUAUUUUCUUAGCUAUUUUCUUUACGGAUUUUCUCAGGAAAAAGAAAGGGAAAAGUGGGGCUGAGAAAACGCAGUACCCGUCAUUCUUUAGCUCCAAACAGUGUGUUAAAAGAUGGAGAUGGGCUUGACAUAUGCGGCCGCACCUUCAAGGUUUAUGUGCUUCAACCAUGGCGUUUUACAAACCCAAUUCCCAAUUUCGACCGUUGAGAAGAGUAUUACUGGUUCCACUAGUAGCAGCUUCAGUCAUACCAGACCUCUUAGAAGAAGAAAAGCCGCGUCUUUGAUUAAGGCGUUGAAAACGACGCCGUCGUCACCGAGAAGGACCUUAUCGAAUAACUGGGAUGUUUCCCAAGAUUUAUAUUCUGUAACCUCAGCUCCAUGGUUGCCCAGAUUCGAAGAGCUUGAUACCACCAAUAUGCUUCUCCGACAGAGAAUUAUCUUUCUGGGCUCUCAGGUGGAUGACAUGACAGCAGAUUUGAUAAUAAGCCAGCUUUUAUUUCUGGAUGCAGAAGACUCUACAAAAGACAUCAAAUUGUUUAUAAAUUCUCCCGGUGGCUCUGUUACUGCUGGAAUGGGAAUAUAUGAUGCAAUGAAGUUGUGCAAGGCAGAUGUUUCAACUGUUUGCCUGGGACUUGCUGCAUCAAUGGGUGCAUUUCUCCUUGCUUCUGGUUCGAAAGGAAAGAGGUUUUGCAUGCCCAAUGCAAAAGUGAUGAUCCAUCAACCACUUGGAACUGCUGGAGGGAAAGCAACAGAAAUGAGUAUACGUAUUAGAGAAAUGGUUUACCACAAGAUUAAGCUGAACAAAAUUCUGUCAAGAAUUACAGGGAAGCCUCUGGAGCAGGUUGAAGUGGACACUGAUCGUGAUAAUUUCAUGAAUCCUUGGGAAGCCAAGGAAUACGGGUUAGUUGAUGAGGUUGUUGAUGAUGGGAAGCCAGGAUUAGUUGCGCCAAUUGCAGAUUCUGCUCCUCCCCCGAAAACUCGGGUUUGGGAACUAUGGAAAGUUGAAGGGGGCAGAAAAGCUAAGAAGAAUUUGCCAUCUGAGCAUAGAUUUUUACAGAAUGGAUAUAAUGGUAGUCGUCGAGGAAGCGAUGGAGAGAGUGGCACUGAGCAGGGAAAGGAAACACCUACUGCUGUAUGAAACUUGAGAAAUGACUUUUGACUUUUUUUCUUUCUCCACAACUGCUGGUGGAUUUGUUUACAUGUAAUAUUCAUAUCUCAAGGCAGUCUUGCUUCGUAUUUUCAACAAGCUCAGCCCUUCCAAGGCUCAAAGCUUACACUUUGAAUCAUAUUAGGUUUUAGCUCAAAAUGUUCUCACUCAAUUGAAUACGUUAAGCGUUUUGAUAUGCAACGACAAUUAUGCAAGUUUUCCAUAGACAAA